GAUAACUGAUACCGGAUUUAGAGAAAACUUCAGAGUCAGAGGCCAAAAUAGGUGGAAUUCAAAGCCUGUUUUGUCAGAGAAAAACUUACAUAUGAAUAACAAAGGGAGUCAGAACGUUGCUACCUGCAAGCCUGUCACUACAUUUGUCCAAACCGACACCAACACUUUCAGAGAAAUUGUGCAGCGAUUGACAGGUCCAUCAGAGAACAACUCUGCAGUAGCGCCACCAGAAGCAACAGUGAUAAAAACCGUCAUACAAAAGAAGCCAACUUCAAAGCUCCAUGAGAGAAGGCAAUGCAUGAGGCCAAAGCUUGAAAUUGUCAAACCUCCUCUAAGCUUUAAGCCCACUGGUACGACACCAUCAUCUAAAUCUGGUAAUACCAACCUUUUAACAAGUCCAGUGGGCACCCCUUCUUCAUUGUUCUCUAACUUGUCCUUGGUAGAAGGGGAGCCAGAUAGUUGUACAACAAACAUUGAAGAAGAGGGGAAAGCCAUUAAAGAAGAAGAGGAGAAAGCCAUUAAAGAAAGACGCUUUUACUUGCAUCCAUCGCCAAGGUCUAAACCAGGGUAUACAGAACCAGAACUGCUUCCUUUGUUUCCUUUAACUUCUCCCAAUUCAAGUGGCAAACCAUAAACCUGGCAGAUUAAUCAUAAGCUUGAUUUCUGCCUACAUUCCCAAAGAUUAUGUACAUGUAGCGUUCUCACUCAAGAAUUGUCUCUGUAAUCUAUGUGCAAUGUCCUUGUGUACACCAUCAUGAUCUAGCUUUGCAAUGUUUUAUGA